AUGACAAUAUCCAAUAGUACAAGAUCCAUUGAAACGAUUGACGCUAAAGAAGAUUUUGAAUUAAUUAAAAUUGAUGAGUCAUCAUAUAAAGGAAAAUAUCCGUUGAAAAAACCCACGGCAAAACAUAGAGGUGUUUAUGGUGGAAAUUUAGUAGGUCAAGGUUUAUUAGUAGCUAUUCUAUCAUCCCCUAAUUCUAUACCACAUUCGUUACAUUCAUAUUUUGUACGUCCAGUAAAUGAUGAAAGUGAAAUAACUUGGAAAAUUGAAAAAAUCUCCAAUGGUAGAAAUUAUUCAAAUCGAUUAAUUAAAGGAUAUCAAAAUGGUAAAAUGGUGUAUGUUUUAAAUGCAUCAUUAACUAAACCGAAACUGUCUAGUUCUUUUGAAUAUCAUGAAGAACAAGAUCAACAAUUUUCAGAUCAAUCAAAAGCGAAAUAUUGGCAAAAGAACAAUAAAAUAAGAAUAGAGACGAAACGAUUCGAAGCAAAUACGAAUAAAGAUAGUUUUAAUUGGUUAAUGAGAUAUGGAAUACAAAAUGAGCAAAAAAUAACGGGAAUUGACGAAACUUUUAAAUACGUAAUAUUAUCAAUUUUAACUGAUUGGAAAAAUUUACAAAUGAUUUUGAAAGAAAAUGAAAAUGUAAAUAAUGGAGCCAAUGAAUAUUUUUUAACAAAUCCGAAAUUCAAUGUUUCAAUGGAUCAUUCAAUUUAUUUUCAUGAUGAUGAUUUUGAUCCUACUGAUUGGUUAAAUUUCCAAGCUAAAUGUACUAGAAUAAGUCAUGAUAGAGCAUUAAUAAUUGCUGAAAUUUAUAAUAUAAAUGGUAAGCAUGUUGCAACAAUUAUACAAGAAAGAUUAUACGUUAUAGAUGAAGAAGCAAUGAAAGCAAAAUUAUAG